AUGAAUCACAAGGCUCCUCAAGACCACGCCAUGGCUGUCCCAAAUGGAGAUGUCCCAAAGAUCAACGGAGUCCAUUCACUGUCUAAUGGAGUGUUGACGAACGGCCUGGCGUUAGACCAGUCAGAAGAGCAGCACGAGGGACGAGAGCAUCGUAGCAGUGAUGCGUUGCAGAACCGCUAUGAUACCAUCUCCGAAAUGUCUGAGAUCCAAGUUGUCCCACCCCAGUCAAAUGGCAACGUGAAUAACGCGAAGGGAUCCGCCAAAGCAGAUGAAUAUCCCCCUAAUGUGCAGAAGAAGGUCCGUAUGUUCGAUCUUGCAAACAGCAGAAGAGCGCAAUUCAUCAAGCUUCUGGUCCUCUCACGUUGGGCGCGCCAUGCCGAUAACAUCAGUAAAGUCAUAGAUCUGCGCGUAUGGCUCACAGAUAAACAGACGGCUUUUCAGAGUGCCGUUGACUGGAUGGGGGAAUUGAAGAGGAAGUUGGCAACAAUCAAGGAACCCUCGCCGGACACAAAUACUGCCCUCGAGAUCCUGUCGCUUGGACGUGCUUCAUGGAUACCAGAUCUUACCUAUUUACCUGCAGAAGCGCUAACGCCUCCACGAAUGUUGGAAAAUCUCCGAAGAAUCAAUACCCUUCUGUCGAUUCGCCUUCGCCUACACGAAAAGAUUCCUUCAAAUCUGAGAGAUUUUUCGAUUUCGUCUGGCAGAGCCACUUUCCGAGUCUCGGAGGAGUUUGAAGUCGAUUUAUCUAUAGCUGAUGAGGACACCUCUAAGCAGCUCUACUUCAUCGAUUUGCGCUUCACGUUUUCACCAAUGGUUACAUCGUUGCCAGCAGGGCGACUACGAGACGAGUUCGAAGCAAAAGCGAAUGACGCCCUUGGUCGAGACGGCCUUCUUGGUCUCUUCGAUUACAUUCAUAACAUAGUGUUGACACAGAAACUUACAAUCUUGAGAAAUCAAGCACAGGAAUUAGCAAGAGGACACUGGGCUGAACAUUUGAAAGUUGAACCCUUGAGACGAUCGGUAGUCGUUCAAUAUUGGUGUGACAGGCAAGGGGCAAAGCAUUGGAUCGAAAUUGGGAUUAUACGCGGCAAGACGAAGCGAAUAGCUUACGCGGAUGAAGAGCAAAGGAUACCAAAGCUCGGAGUAAGAUGGUUCCGAGGAGGGAAGGAAGUCUCGGAUGUCCAGGUCGAUCUCAGAUUAGGGGAAAUAUCGAUGCGCCAUAUUCUUGAACAAGUCAUUACACGACACAUAAACUCGGACAUGUCCGAGAUGGCUACCGGUCUCCGUCGUGGACAAGCUUAUUCAAGCGGCCGACUGCGAUUGAAAGCUCAAGAGGGCAUCAGCAAGCCUUCCGAGGCGUACCUGCUAGUCCAGCUCACAUCCUCAAAAGCUAUCAAACUUUCGCAAGAGCCCGUCUCAGGCCGAUUCGCGAUACUACCCUCCUCCAAGUUAAGUAGCCGCGCAGAAUAUGAACUCAAUCGGCUUGCAGUGCCUGCGAACGAAGGUGCCAGCCAGCUAUCCUUCCUCCGUGCGCUCACUACACACGAAGAAGUAAGCGCGGGCGCAAUCCGUCUUGGUUGGGAUCCUUUACCUUCACUAAGACCAAAUCAAGAGACAAUCCAGAGGCUUUUCACCAAGGGUAAUCAACACAUAAAGUUCUUCAAAAGGCAUUCCUGGGCGUCUGGUUGGGCCCUCGCCUUUUCGGCAAGUUUGGACGGCGACCAGUGGUGGGUUGUUGAGACGUCUGAAACCCCAAUCGAUGGAGAACAGAGCUCCAAGACAACACUGGAGUCGACGAUACGCAAAGCAUACAGCAUCAACACUGCUCAGCCUAGCUCCUCGCCGGAGCCUCUGAGUUCAUAUCUGAUUGAGGUAGAGCGAUGCGCGGCUGGCACGAUAUCUCAGUCCAUUGACUCGCGAUAUAUGGCUUCGACGCGAAUGCCCCAUAAGUUGCAAGCGGCGACGUCACUAGAUGCGAUACCACAAUGUCCAAGUCUCUAUCUACGACUACCAGCGAAAAAGGAUCCACAAGAUCUUACUACGUCAAAGCCACUCGAUCUUCGGUGGGCCCAAGAGCUUGUCAAGCUCGACUACCAAGGGCUCAGUAUUUCUCAUUCAUGUGCUGUGCAUUUAGCGACGACGUGCUUAGAACAGCCAUUGCCUAAUAUGAAGGACCUUGCUGCGAAUGUGCCUGGAGCUGCCUUCCAUCCUUCGUCCGGCGCUUUCGCACUUCAGCUUCAAACUCAAAUUGGACAGAGUGUGAUACCACAGCUUUCUCAGCGUAUUUCUGGAAUAGGACGUCUUCAUGAUUUCAUUACUAUUAUUAAAGGCUACAAACUACUCGUCACACGAAUCUCCAUAAGCUCUCUCGAUUUCACCUAUCUCGAGAAUCCACAAAAACUCAAGGCUGUGAUCCACUUCCCUGCAGACGGUCCGCUUCAGAUGUCGCUCUUACAGCCGAAUCCUCAUCUUCGCAUCCUGGAUCAUCUAAACUCUCGCUUUCGCACUAAAGGUUUAGCACACGUCCUCUCAAUCAUGCAAAUAACGCUGUCUCUACUGUUCACCCUUGCAAGGCUCGAGUCUGCAAGAAAAUCGUCAAAUAUGAAUAUACUGGUUCGAUCAGAGUCAUGGUACCAGGUUAUCUACUCAGCCACUUCACCAGUAGGUGGGUUUGACAUAGUCUUGAGGAGGCGAAGAGAUACAGCCAUGUGGUUCAUACCGGAAGACACUAUCAAGCCUCCUUUUAUUUACGAUGAAGCGAAGGAUAUCCGAAGAGGAAAGGGCAAUGGCUGGAGAGGUGUUAAGGGUGGCAUCAUCACUGAGCUGAAUGGUAUCCACGAAGCUAUGGAGAGGCUUGAUGCCGUUUACUCUAGAGCCGCAGAGCACGCUGCCGGACAAUCAAGAAAGGGGAAACGAAAAGCUGAAGAUGAAGUUGUAGAGAUCGACUAA